UCUCUCUUCGUUAGAAUCUGUGUGGAUGAGGAUGAACGGUCGAACAGAGACGAGACAAUUCCUGUUUGGGAAAGUCUGCUGUGUAUUUGGCACAGUCCCAGCCUCCCCGCUGCCUCCCCCCAGCCUCCCCCAGCCUCCCCUCUGCCUCCCCUCAGCCUCUGUGGAUCCACAUGUCUGUGAUAUAAAGUGUUCUGUUUGCAUGAAACGGUUAAAGCCUGUGCUGUGUGGACUCUGUGGAAUCUGUGAAGCGCGGUGGCAGGCAGGUUUGUUGGCACAGCUCUUUGCGCGCCGGUUGUAAAGAGCCUUGUUGUGCUCCCACCCCCCUGCGCCGUGCCGCACUGGUUCCGUCUGGCUCGCCCUCAGCUGCUGCGUGUCCUGGGAUGACCUGUUGAUGUCGGUGGAAUGGAGAAUGGCAGGGGGAGCGAUUUCCCCCAUCACCAAAAUAUUUAAAUAAGCAACAUUUGGGCAGAGAACCGGCGGCGCAGCACAUCUACCUCGUCCCUACAGGCAACCCUUAGGUGGUGUGCGUCGGCCCACCAUGGCCCAGACCCUCCAGAUGGCGAUCCCAAACUUUGGAAACAACGUUUUAGAGUGUCUGAACGAGCAGCGGCUGCAGGGCCUCUACUGCGACGUGUCCGUGGUGGUCAAGGGUCACACCUUCAAGGCUCAUCGAGCUGUGCUGGCUGCUAGCAGUUCUUACUUCCGGGACCUCUUCAGCAGUAGUGGAGGUGGAAGCAGCCAUGAGACCAGCCCGGCCGUGGUGGAGCUCCCAUCGGCUGUGCAGCCUCAGAGCUUCCAGCAGAUCUUGUCCUUCUGCUACACGGGUCGCCUCAGCAUGACCGUGGGGGACCAGUUUCUCCUCAUGUACACUGCAGGCUUCCUGCAGAUCCAGCAGAUCAUGGAGAAAGGGACGGAGUUCUUCCUCAAAGUGUCCUCCCCCAGCUGUGACUCUCAGGGCCUCCACGCCGAAGAGGCCCCGCCCUCUGAGCCUCAGAGUCCCGUAACACAGACCAGUAACGGUGGCGCUCGCCCCGCGUCCUGCGUGACGCCGCUCUCUCUGGUGUCUCGAGUGAAGACGGAGCACCCGGCGAACCAGCCGGAGGCCGCCACUCCGUACUCGGUGGUCUGCACGCCGGUCGCCAAGCGUCUGUGGGAGGGAGGCAGCAGCAGAGACGGAGGUGGAGUCGGCUCAGGAGGAGGAGGAGGGGCCAGGAAGGCCGCCCGGUACUCCCAGGAGGCAGUGCGUGGCAGCGCCAUCCAGAGCCCCGGCGCCCUCGGACUGGCCAUGGGUAUGGGUGCCACGGCAACCAGCCUGGCGGGGAUGGUGGCCGGAGGAGGGAUCAGCGGGAACGUCGGCACCAACGGGAGCUCCGCGGCGGGUCUCGGCAUGUCAGAGGGCGCCAGCCCCGGGACCCUGAGCACCUACGCCAGCGACUCACCCAUCAGCUACCAUGACGACGAAGAGGAGGAAGAGGGGACCGAAGACUGUGCUGAGGAGCAGUAUCGGCAAAUCUGCAACAUGUACACGAUGUACAGCAUGCUGAACAUGGGAGCGGCAGCUGCUGGCGAGCGCGUCGAGGCUCUCCCGGACCACACGGAGACCCGGGGUCGGAUGCGAGGCAGAGACCUGACAUGUCUCCCUGCAGAACUCAUUGCACAGAUAGGAAACCGCUGUCACCCCAAACUGUACGAGGAAGGAGACCCUGCAGAGAAACUGGAGCUCGUCUCAGGUACUUCAGUGUAUAUAUCCAGAGCCCAGCUGAUGAACUGUCACGUGAGCGCAGGGACCAGACACAAGGUGCUGCUGAGGAGGUUGCUGGCCGCCUUCUUUGACAGGAACACGCUGGCCAACAGCUGCGGGACCGGUAUCCGCUCCUCCACCAACGAUCCCAGCCGCAAGCCUCUGGACAACCGAGUUCUGCACGCGGUCAAAUUCUACUGCCAGAACUUCGCCACCAGCUUCAAAGAGAGCGAGAUGAACGCCAUCGCAGCUGACAUGUGCACCAACGCCCGCCGCGUGGUCCGCAAGAGCUGGAUCCCCAAGCUGAAGCUGCUGAUGGCCGAGAGCGACGCCUACUCCGCCUUCCUCCCUGACGGAGUCAAGAUGGAGGACGACACCCUGGGGACGGACCACGCCUUUGACCCCGCCAGCCUGGAGGCUGCUGGCGGCGUGGGCAUGGAGUCCGGCGGCUCCUCAGGUGAAUCGCUAGGUGUGGGCGGGGACGGAGGACCCUUAUUUUGAACGCUGUGUUCAGGGGAGGGUUGAAGUUUGGUGACACACAUCCCAGUAUUCCCCAGCUCUGCUUGCCUCCUCACUCUUUGGCCCACGCUGAUUCUCACAUGUGACUGUCUGUACUACACUGCAAGGGUCCACAGCACCCUGACGUAACCAGGACGUGAACUUUAAUUCUGCUUUCUGACUGUACCAUGGAGCUAGCUGAGGGAAGGGAGCGAGUACGAGGGUGUGAGUUGUCUUCUAACUGCCCUCUGCCCUCCCUUGUCUUUUUAAGGUGUAUAACUCAUCCACUGUCGCAUAUUAAAUACAUUCCCCCAAAUGCAGGAGUGGGGAGCUGCGUGUGACGCCUGAGGAGGAGAAGAUGUUUGGAUGGACGGGUUAGGAGGAGAGGGGGAAAGUACUGUAUAUUGAAUGUAAGUGUCAGAGGCUUUUUUCUCUAUGCAAGCCUGACGACUUGUGUUCCAGCCUCGAGGAAGGAGGGACCUCAUUUAAACACGGAUAGAAAAUGUAAAGAACACUACCUGCUCUUCCUCCAUGCACCCUCAACUCAUCAACCUGCAAGUAUUCUCCACCCGACAUCCUCUCCUGAGACCAGAGAGUCUCACCCAGUGAUUCACUGUGCAGUCUUACAGAAUAUAUCUCAGUUUGUUUUUCCAACAUGUAACUUUGUCUGUAAAUGAAAAGAGAAGCAGAGAGAAGGACGAGCUUUCCACUGAUUGUAAAGAGAACUGGAGGGGAAUCAAAGAGGGUCAUAUUUUUAGAGGAUAAACUAUAUUUAUACAAAUGUCCACGCCAAGGAUCCGGCGUGAGCGAAGAGAGCGAGGGAUUGUUUUAAAAUCUCGAUCUUCAUGUUUUAUUGAAAGAGGUCAAAAUAAGGAAAAGUGCUAUUUUUGCAGGCAGAGAGAGAGCGGUAUAUAGAAGCUUAUCAUAGGACACACAUUCUUUAUUUUGAUCCUGACGGAGGCGAGGGAUGGGAUGAGCAGUGGAACUGCUGAAUGAAAGCGUCUCAUCUGUUCCUCCGUCUGAAGAAGAACUGAGACUGAGCUGGCUCGCCUGUUUCCUGAUAACCAUGGUCUGCCUCCCUCCGGUAAACAUCGGCCCGCAGUCUGAAGACGACUCGUAGAAACAAGGUUCAGCUUCUCUGGACUGAGAUAACAAGCUAAAGCUAAUGGUGGACUUUUGGAACGUGCCUUCAGUUUAAGCUGGGUGGGCUCCGCGAUGUGGUGAGGGGGCAGCAGUGAAGCGAACAGGCUUCAUGGUACUAUCAUGUGUGUGACACAGUUCUGUGGUGAAGCAGGAGAGUCUGUACUGCAUGGCUGUGUGUUUGGUAUGUCGUUUAUUCAUGUAUCUAAUGCACCACCUCUUUGAUUUUGCACCUUCUGUGAGAGGUGGAGUGGAGGUUUCUGCACCUUAAUGAGAAGAACCAGUGGUUCAUGCACCUUUUUCAGAGAUGUUGUGUAGCACCUGAACCCCUUUAGACGGUAUAUUUUCUUUUGUGGCCCGGCGUCUGCGUCUGUGUUCCUCGUGGAAGUGGCACAAACCCAACUGUAAAUAAUCCAGAAGACUGUUUAGUUUAAUCCCAAGUGUUCUUCCUUUCUGUUGCUGGAUGCACCUGAUUCUUCUGAAAUGUCAAUAACUGACCUUUCCUUGUGACCUGUCUGUGUUUGUGAGUGCGUGUUGACCUGCCAGUCACAGGUCGGGGCGGGGGAUUCGUUGUUCCCGUGGAGGGCGAGUGGUCCGGUGUGUUUGAGGAGUUUGCUUUCAAAGAUGACUGAUCACUUCUCCUGAGAGGCAUUUCCUAAAGGUUUUAUUUUUCUGAGGAUAGCUUUGGUGUAAAGAUUAGUUAUUUUUUCAGUCUUAUUGAAAUGUAAGGAGAGGCAUGAUCGAUAAAGCUCGAGUUAUUUUAAUGUUAAACAUGAUCAGGAGGAGUUUCCUGGACAGAGAUUCAUGGUCAGAACAAACAUGCAGUACCUUGUAAGUAUUCGUUUAAGGGUAAUGCCAACAAAACCUCAGUACGCUUUGCAUUUGACUGUAGAUGCCACAUGAGCAUCCCUCCCCCACUUACCUCUUUGAAGACUGCUGUGCUUCCUGUCCUUCAUGCAGCUGUUUCAGGUUUCACUUCCUCAAGUGUAGUCGUGUGUGUCAGAGAGGCAAAGCAGCGCUUUCAGGUCGUCAAAUCUGAACGUCUAAUUUGCUCAGCGGCGUUUUCCCUCAGCCAAGUUUACACAACUCAAGCUACAUCUCUGUUUUAUCAUGACGAUGGAACCUUAGUCAGCGUUUCCCUGUGUUUCCAUGGAAGCUAAAUCCUCAGUCGUCUGUGGAGACAUCACAGGAUGUCACACAGAAGCCGGUCAUUUCAAGUUUUAAAGAUGUUUCAAAUAAGGUUCACAAAGAAAGCAGAGUCUAGACGAGAGACCUGGAGGACCCACAGGAGUCUGUUUACUGGAUUUAAAAGAAGCUCUGGGUUCAUUCAGAGUGAUGAAGAAUCCCAGUGUUGUUUACUAAAUCUAGAGCUGUCCCCCCCCCCCCC